UGACUCCACCCCAUUGGCAGAGAGCGACAGGGCGACGUGGGCUCUCACGUGUUUCCCCAGCGCUCUCGCCGGCCGGACAAGCGCGGAGCGUCGCUUCCGGGUUCAGCCGCUAUUUAUUCUACUCCCCGGCAACCCAGCCAGCAGCCCGACGCCACGCGGAUUCCAAAUUCACCCACUCCUCCACGCUUCUUCGAGAUCGCUCACUCCAUCACCCACCCGCCGGGCAGCCGGAGGCCCGGAGCAAUGGGGAGCACGGGGCGCGAGGCGGAGCUGACCCGCGCCGACUUCCCCGACGGCUUCGUCUUCGGCGUCGCCACCUCCGCCUACCAGAUUGAGGGAGCAAGAAGGGAGGCAGGCAAAGGAGAUAACAUUUGGGAUGUCUUCACAGAAGACAAAGAACGGAUCUUAGACAGAAGCAAUGCAGAUGUUGCAGUUGAUCAUUACCAUCGGUACAAGGAAGACAUUGAGCUCAUGGCCAGUUUGGGUUUUUGUGCUUAUAGAUUUUCCAUAUCUUGGGCACGUAUAUUUCCUGAUGGACUGGGGGGAAAGGUCAAUGAGCAAGGAGUUGCCUUCUAUAACGACCUCAUCAAUUUUAUGAUCGCAAAAGGAAUUGAACCUUACGCAACUCUCUAUCAUUGGGAUCUUCCAUACAAUCUUCAAAAGACUCUGGGGGGAUGGCUUUCCGACAAGAUUGUGGAGUACUUUGCAUUGUAUGCAGAAGCUUGCUUUGCAAAUUUUGGAGACAGAGUAAAGCAUUGGAUAACAAUCAAUGAGCCUCUUCAAACUGCAGUUAAUGGUUAUGGGAUUGGAGUUUUUGCACCUGGAGGAUGCGAAGGUGAAACUUCUAGAUGUUACUUGGCCGCUCAUCACCAAAUCUUGGCUCAUGCUGCUGCUGUUGAUGUUUACAGAAGGAAAUUCAAGGCUGCACAAGGUGGUGAAGUAGGGCUGGUUGUCGAUUGUGAAUGGGCAGAGCCAUUUUCUGAGAAAGUGGAAGAUCAAAUUGCUGCAGAACGGAGGCUUGACUUUCAACUUGGAUGGUACCUAGAUCCAAUAUAUUUCGGUGAUUACCCAGAAAGCAUGCGUCAGCGGCUGGGCAAUGAUCUUCCAACCUUCUCGGAGAAAGAUAAAGAAUUCAUGAGGAACAAAAUUGAUUUUAUUGGACUAAACCAUUACACCUCGAGAUUCAUUGCUCAUCAUCCGGACCCAGAAGAUAUUUAUUUCUAUCGAGUACAACAAGCGGAGAGAAUAGAACAAUGGAAUAGUGGUGAAAAAAUUGGUGAAAGGGCUGCAUCUGAAUGGCUUUUCAUAGUUCCUUGGGGUCUUCGUAAAUUACUUACUUAUAUAGCAAAGAGAUAUGAAAAUCCAGCAAUUUAUGUAACUGAGAAUGGCAUGGAUGAGGAAGACGAUCAAUCAGCAACACUUGACCAGGUCUUAAAUGACACAACGAGAGUUGGUUACUUCAAAGGAUACCUCGCUUCAGUUGCACAAGCAAUCAAGGAUGGAGCUGAUGUUCGUGGAUACUUUGCGUGGUCAUUCUUGGACAACUUUGAGUGGGCUAUGGGAUACACCAAGAGGUUCGGCAUUGUUUAUGUCGAUUACAAGAACGGGCUCUCCAGGCAUCCUAAAGCAUCAGCCCUGUGGUUCUCGCGCUUCUUGAAGGGCGAGGCUGCUGAAAACAAAGCUGACACAGACUGAGCGAACCCACAGCAAGUAAAGGAACAUUACACAUCCAGUAAAUGUUUCUCCUGUUGUUGUAUCUUACAGUGACCGCCAGUGUAUGUAUUCAUCAUAAUAAUCUCAUAUGUGCUAUGUAGUCUGUCAUUGAUCCAACACUAGCUCAAAUGAAUUCUCGAAGAAUCAGAACUCCGCACCAGUAAGUUUCGAGUUCAUUCCAGGCAGCACUCAUUUGCAGAUAA